GAAAAAACUCGAAGAACGAUGGAAAUGGCGACGAAAACCGAUAGCAGAAAGGAGCGAAGAAGAAGAAUUGUGAGCAGAGAAGUGGAUCGAAUGGCUCUCAUCACCGGCCGUUUACGUAAUCUCCCUCCAUCGCCACCGCCUUCUCCAUCUUCACCAUCUCCAUUUCUUUUCCAUCAAACUCACCAACGCGGCUAUUCUCACACCGGAAUCUCCCCUUCCUUCUUCUCCAAGGAGCUCCACAAGAAUCCUGAUUCCAUUCCUCUCUCUCACAUCCAUGCUAUUCCCAAGCCUGAAGAUGGAAAGGCUACCCCUUUACUGAAGCAUAUGUCCAUGAAGGAAGUUCAAGAAGAAAAAAUUUCUGCCAUAGGAUACCAAAUGAGCCAUAAAAAACUCGAUCCCAUAGGAGAAGUACACACUGAAAUAGUAUCAACUCCAUCUGCCUUAUCAAUGGUUCAGAAGGUCUCCAUUGAUAAUGAGACACGGUCAAAAACACAGCCUUCAAAGCCUAAACUCUUCACUUCAAAACGACUAAAUGCCUGCAUUUUAGCUUCUCAAACCACACGAGUUUUCUGUUCGCUAAUCCUUGCAUCUUUGGCCAUUCUAUCGCAAGUUGAUCACCCACUUUUCAUAAUAAGGAACAUAGUGAGGUCGGAGAGUGUGGUGGCCUCAAAGCCUCUCUACAUUCUACUGCUCACCAACGCAACGAUUGUGGUGGCGAGAAUGUUGGCUGAAAAACAGAAAGACAGUGGGGAGGCAGAGGAAGAAUUGGAGAAAAUGAAGGAAGAUGGACAUAACUGGGACUCGGCUGUGAAAGUUUUGGAGAGAGGUUUGGUCUUCUACCAAGCUUUUCGUGCAAUUUUCAUUGAUUUUAGUGUCUAUGCAGUGGUGGUUAUUUGUGGCAUCUCUUUGCUGUAG